AUGAAUCAGCACUGGGAAAACGUGUAUGCGGUAUUUUUGAGCUUUGCCGGAUGUAAAUCAGCACUGGGAAAAUGUGCUUGCGGAAUUUUGAGCUUCGCCGGAUGUGAAUCAGCACCGGGAAAACGUGCAUACGAAAUUUUUGAGUAUGGCUUCGCUGGACGUGAAUCAGCACCGGGAAAACAUGCAUGCGAAAUUUUUGGAUAA